CUCUUUGUACAAGAGAGCCUUGGGUGUUUAAGGGAUGUGAGCAUUCAUCAUUGUUUUCCUCCUCAAGAUUUUAUGCUUAUAUAGAAUAACAAAUGGAGCACACAAAAAGUAGCUUCCUUUAUUUUAGCAUUUGCUAUAAGUGUAUGAUUGAAUUGCAAUGUGCUUAAGUAAUUUUAUUCUUAUUUUAUGCAAGUGAAGGAUUGGAGUAAUGCUAAUCUGGUUUUACCUCUUCGAUUUUGCGUUUGCAAUUUGCUGAGUCAUUUUGUUGUGGUUGAAUGCCAAAACAAGCAUAUUACAAUUAAUUGAAUGUUCCGUAAGUUAACUAUCAGCAUGUUGCAAUCCUUUAGUCUCUUUUUAAUAUACUGUAAUUAUCUAAAAACAAGUGUUUUUCAUAACAUGUGCAAAUUCCUUUUCUUACAAAUAAAAAUGUAAAAUUAAUCUCCAGCAAGGAAACUGGAUUUUAUUAUUAUUUCAGAAUGUUUGCAUUUAAAGCUUGACCAUUAUUUCAGAAGAAUUCCAAGGGUGAUAUCCCAGGUAAGUCAUACUUUGAGUUACUUAAGUCAUUUGGCUUCAGUUGGUCCACACUGACUAAUAUUAGAUAUCUCCCAUAGAAAAUGACGGGGCGGGGAGUGCCUUGAAAAACUUUUUGAUACUGUUUGCUGAUACUGUGGGAGGUGCUGGUUCAUUAUGGCGGAGGCUUAUGAUGCCUUUUAAUGACUGUUUAUAUAAAAUCUAUGGGCUUAGAUGGAAUGCAGCAAGCAAAGGUAGGGGACCCCAAACCUUAACACCCACUUGCAAACUGCUUUUCACACUGCCUUUCUGGCAAUUACCAAAAAGUCACAUCCUCUCCUGUCACCUUCAAUGACUAGAGUGGUACCUCGGUUUAUGAACACAAUUGGUUCCGGAAGUCUGUUCAUAAACUGAAGCAAACUUUCCCAUUGAAAGUAAUGGAAAGUGGAUUAGUCCAUUCCAGACGGGUCCGCAGAGUACUCAACCUGAAGCGUACUUAACCCAAAGCAUGGGUGUAAUUGGUUCCGGAAGUCUGUUCAUAAACUGAAGCAUUCAUAAACUGAAGCGAACUUUCCCAUUGAAAGUAAUGGAAAGUGAAUUAAUCCGUUCCAGAUGGGUCCGCGGCGUUUGUAAACCGAAAAUUCGUAAACGGAGGUGUUCAUAAACCGAGGUUCCACUGUAUUACUCAGUAGUGUAGCACAUUGGAAGUCUGUUUCUCUACCAUUUACUGUGGAGUAACCUGAGUUCGUACUUCUAAGCAGUUGUGCGUAGGACUGCAGUUUUGCUCUGCGGAGUGCCUACUAUUACUCUGCAAAGCAAGCCACUACAGUAUUCUACUUUAUACUUCCAAGUUGCAUGAUGGUGGCUUGGUUAAAGCCCACAAUAAGUGCUUGGUAGAGAUGGGAUCUGAUCUCAGGUAUUCCAUAUCCAAGACGUCCUUGUCUUGAUCUUUGGUCUGCCCAGCCCUCUAGCCAGAGUUCAUAUUACUUCUGUGCUUUGUUUAGCAGUUGGCUUAUUCUUAUUCCUUGGUAAAUGCUAAAACAGGAGUAAUUAAUGAAAUUUUUAGAGUCUCAUCAGCACAAAAGUGGAAUCACAAAGCUGGAUAAGAUAAUUCGGAAAGAAAUACAAUUCCUUUACAUUCAUUGGCUGGAAUGCUAAAUGACACAGGGUUAGAAUGCUGCCUGUACAUUCUACUUUUCUUGUGCGAAAGAUAGAGACUUUCACUGCUUUACACAAGAUCUGGAGGGGAGGGGGGAGAGAGCCUGAACAUUCCUUGGGAAUACAAGCCCUAGGAAGCAUGAAAGCCAAACUUCAAAGCACACAGGAUUAAAUACCACAAGGAAGGAUUGCCGGCCUUGUGCCAUUUCUCCCUCCAGACUAUCUUAAAAGCAGUUCUGCUCUGCAAACAACUUGUUGCCUGAAAUGAAACCAUGGAAAGGAUAAUCUUCCUUGCAACAUGCAAAAAAGUGGCUGAUGCGCCAGUGUCUUCCGACUAUUAACUUUUUCCUUCCGACAAACUUUGGCUUCGGGCAUGUGAGCAUAGUAUACACACAUGAUCCACCCCCCCCCCUUCUCUGAGAUAAUCCUCCAGUCAUAGCUGAGAACUCUCCAGCGAGCCAGGCGCUCUAAUUGUGCUAAUCUUCCGUCGCAGACACACACAAGACACACACUCCCCCGCCACUCCCCCCUCGUGCAACUUGUGAUUCCAGAGAGCCCUGAAAAGUAUGUGCGUGCCCCUCCUCCAGCUCCUUUUCCUACCGGCUGACCUGAGAUCCAUGCCUGGCAGAGCACGCUCCCAGAAAGCAGCCCGAUGACUCUAACCAGGCAGGAUUUUGGUGGGCCGCUUCCGCGCCCCUGUGAGUUGGGCAUCGCCAGCAUGGAAUGCAGCAGUGGCAAAGAGGAGACCAUGCUGCAGUCCUUGGCAGCUGAAGAGCCCUUUAGUCCAGUGGAGCCCCCUAAGAAGGCAACGGGGAGAUUGGUGAUGCACAGCAUGGCCAUGUUUGGCCGAGAGUUCUGCUACGCUGUGGAGGCUGCCUUCGUCACACCUGUGCUGCUCAGCGUGGGGCUCCCCAAAAGCCUUUAUAGCCUCGUCUGGCUCAUAAGCCCCAUCCUUGGUUUUGUGCUGCAGCCUGUGGUUGGCUCGGCCAGUGACCACUGCAAUUCAGCCUGGGGCAAGCGGAGACCUUACAUCCUGGUCCUGGGCAUUAUGAUGCUGGUGGGGAUGGCUCUCUACCUCAAUGGAGAGACAGUUGUCUCAGCUUUGGUUGCAGACAGAGGCACCCAGAGGACUUGGGCUAUAGUUAUCACCAUGCUGGGAGUGGUGCUCUUUGAUUUUGCUGCUGACUUCAUUGAUGGUCCCAUCAAGGCGUAUUUAUUUGACGUUUGCUCUCACCAGGACAAGGAGAAAGGGCUUCAUUAUCAUGCCCUCCUGACAGGUCUAGGAGGGGCCCUUGGCUACCUUACAGGUGCCAUCGAUUGGGGGCAUACUGUCUUGGGAAAAUAUUUGGGAUCAGAAUUCCAGGUGAUGUUCUUUUAUGCUGCUCUCGUGUUCCUGAUCUGCCUUACUGUACACUUGUGCAGUAUUCCCGAAACUUCUCUUGCUGACAAGGUAGAAUCCGAAGCCCUGCUGAAAACAGCUGAGCCCUAUCCAUAUGGUUCCAUAGGAAAAGUCAAGAAUGGUUAUUUUAACAGCGGAUAUAAUGAAAUACGGGUUUUGUCUCAGCAAGGGAAGCCCACCCUCAAAGAAGACAUUCAGGUUCAGAAGCAGAUGACCAUUAAGUCCCUCCUAAAAGCACUCCUAAGCAUGCCUUCCCACUACCGCUGCUUGUGUGUGAGCCAUCUGAUGGGGUGGACAGCUUUCCUUUCCAACAUGCUCUUCUUCACCGAUUUCAUGGGACAGAUUGUAUUCAAUGGUGAUCCUUAUGCACCUCAUAACUCCACAGCGUACCUAACCUACGAAAGGGGAGUAGAGAUCGGAUGCUGGGGGAUGUGCAUCAACGCCAUCUCUUCCUCGCUUUAUUCCUAUUUGCAGAAAGCGCUUCUGCCUUACAUUGGAUUAAAGGGACUUUACUUCAUUGGAUACCUGCUUUUUGGGCUAGGCACUGGCUUUAUUGGACUCUUUCCCAAGGUGUAUUCUACUUUGGCUCUCUGUUCCCUCUUUGGCGUAAUGUCCAGCACAUUAUACACGGUGCCAUUCAACCUCAUUGCUGAUUAUCACAAGGAGGAGGAAGAGGACCAGACCGGAGGACAAGCUGGAGAGCACAAGCGAGGAAAAGGUGUGGACUGCGCUGCCCUCACUUGCAUGGUCCAGCUGGCACAGAUCAUUGUUGGGGUGGGCCUGGGCUUCCUGGUCAGCGCUGCUGGGAGCGUGGUGGUGGUGGUGAUCUCUGCCUCUGCCAUCGCUUUACUGGGCUGCUGCUUUGUAGCAUUCUUUGUUCGCUACGUGGAAGAGAACAAUAAAUAGCCGAAGCUUGGGAGAAGCUGCUGUCUUUGACAAAGGGAGAAACACAGUUGUUCCUGGGUUGCUGUACCCACACUAGUUAUUUCUGUAGCAAGUCUUUGCUUUGUGUGUUUUCUGGGAACGUUUGAGGCCACUAGUUCUCCCACACAGUUUAGGCAGGUCUACACUAUGGACUUAAGCUGGUUUAAAGGGCAUCCCUUCUCAGCGAAUCACGUGUGCUGUAUUUCUGCGAUGAGGCCUGCAGACCUGAAACUAAUUUCCUCCAUGCAUAGUCUUCUUCUUUUUAAGCAAACAAGAAUCCUAGAGGUCAGCUAGUGUGUUUUUCACUUUUCAGAAUCAGAGUGCCUAUCCAGGCUCUCUUAGGCAGCAUCCCAAAGGAGGCUUAAUAUUUCAAAUGGGUCGUUCGGAUUUCACAAACAGGGAGAAAUGUGGAUUA